AUGGACGCUCCUAUUCAAGAGCAGAAGCCGGCUACGGCAAGCGCGCCGGUCGUGCAGCCCGCCGCUCACAAAGGCCCCGUCGACGACCAAGAAGUCAAGUUCUGGACGGACCGGGCCAACGACUUUCUCGCCCGCCCCUCGGAGCACAUCAACUCGCACUCCCCCGCGGGCGCGCAGGCCUGGUACGCCGGCUUCUUUGACUGCUUCAACCCGAUCGAUACCUGCUUGAUCACCUGGUGCCUGCCCUGCGUCACGUUUGGCCAGGUGCAGCACCGGAUGCAGCGAUCGGUUGAUCUGGAGGGCUACCAGCCCGUCAACACCAGCUGUCUGCUCCUGUGCGGUGCGGCCUGCGUUGGCUGCGUCUGUGUCCCGAUUGCGAUGCAGCGCCAGAUGAUGCGCGAAAAGUACAACCUCGAGGGCGGCUGCCUCGAAGACAUUGCCCGGACGUACUGCUGCGGCUGCUGCUCCAUUGUGCAGCAUGACAAGGAGGCGCAGCAUCGCGAACGUCUUCUUCGCCAGAGCAACGUCGCUGACCAGCAAUAUGCGGCGCCGCCUGCCAUGAGCGUCCCGCCGCCCAAGCAGGCAUAG